UAUAAGACCUUGUAGGGGAUUCAUGCAUGAACUUUGCACCCACAACUUCUACUUUGUUCCUCUCUCUCUCUCUCUCUCUCUCUCUCUCUCUCUCUGGAGAUGGGGAGGCAACCCUGCUGUGACAAGGCCGGAAUGAGAAGGGGGGCAUGGACAGCAGAGGAAGACCAGAAGCUCAUAAACUUCAUCAUCAACAAUGGCAUUCAUUGUUGGCGCCUCGUGCCCAAGCUUGCUGGUCUGAUGAGAUGCGGGAAGAGCUGCAGGCUAAGAUGGACUAACUACCUUCGUCCUGACCUCAAGCGAGAGGCCAUUUCCCCGGAAGAAGAGAGCCAAAUCAUCCAACUCCAUUCGCGUCUCGGGAACAGAUGGUCCAAGAUCGCAUCAUAUUUCCCUGGCCGAACCGAUAACGAGAUCAAGAACCACUGGAACACCCGAAUCAAGAAGAGACUCAACCUCCUCGGCCUGAAUCCUGUGACUCACGAGCUCAUCAAUCCGCCAAAUGCCAGUCCGGAGAUGAUGAUCGAUAUGAAACAGAAGGAAAUCGGAGUCAGCUCGGAAGACAAAUCUGGCUUCGAGCAUAGGAUUUGGAUGACAUUCCAGAGCAUGAAUGCAGAGGACAAUAGGCUGCAGGUCAACUCUUCAGGCAGCUGCAGCUCCUCCUUCUCAGUGCAAGACUCGCUCUGCCCUUCUUCUAGCAAGGAUAACUCUUUUCCUUCAUCGGAAGCAACCAUUUCUCUUGACGAUCUCUUCUUCUAUGGGAACUUGCUAUGAGCCAUCGCCUUAAGCAAAAGAAGCUCUUUUCUUGGAGAUAAUUCCAUAUUCUUUUCAUCAGAUUAGGAAUUCAGAUUUCAGAAUGUAGUUCAGCAUUAAUUCUUUGUAAUCUUAAUAUUCUUCAAACAAGAAUAAGCCU